UGAGACUAGCGCGAAUUCUCGUAUGCAAGUUGUUUUCGUGUCAGCAGUUAAGUUUUAUUUCUUGAGAAAACGCUGAAGAAGAUCACAUAAACUAACUUCUUGAGAGAAGUUGGCGGCCAUGGCCGCUGCGAGCUUGUCGCUUAUUGCGCCUGUGUGCUACAAUCAUCCCGAGAAGCGAGCGGAUUUCAAGUGUUUUGAUUGCAAAUAUGAGAGUAUUAUCUGUCUGUGUCCUCAAUGUAAUAUUCAAGUGCACAGCCUGGAUGUUUUCAAGGCACACAGAUAUGAACAGAUAGAAGUCAUGCGGAAACAACGACGAUUGUCACAAGAUGUCCAAGACAUCGAAAAGUUACUUGAGGUGGAGAAUGAAUUGCUUCAGAGUGUGCUUACAAGGUUAAAGUACACAGAAGAAGAAGAGAAGGAAACCUUAAGCCAGUUGGUGCAAAUGCAAUCAGCUACCAAAAAGAGAGUUGCUGAAAUAAGAGGUUGUGCAGGAGCAGUUGAAAAAGCCUUUCAGUAUCUGGCAAAGGUGUCCAGCAUGCUAAUACAGUGUAGUACUCAAGAUGAAAGUAGCAGCAAACUUAAUCAAGCUGUAGCAGGUGCUGAUGCUGAUGCUGAUGCUGAUGCAGCAGUGCCUAAGGAGCAACCAGACAGCUCUGAGUCAAAUUCUCCCCAUCAGCCAACUCCUAUCCCUGCACAGGAGACACCACUUGGCAGUGAAAAACAAGAUGUGCCUGAAGAACCUAAAGUUCAACUCAGUAAGGAGAUGGAAGGCAAAGAUGUUUUCCCAGUCAGCAUAAUUGGAUCAUUGGCCAGAAAUGGAUCUUUUUGGAUUUCCAAGACAGGAGAACCAGCAAUGGAAACGAGGAAGGAGACUGCAAUGGCCAUAAAUAAUUAUUUUAAAAAGCAUGGGUUUGGAAACCCUGUAGUACCAAAAGAAGGUUUAUUCUGUGCAGCUCUGAACAGGCAAAACAAGGAGUUCUGUCGUACCAGGGUUGAAAGUGUAUCUUCCCCUGAAAAGUGCAAGAUCCGAUUCCUUGAUUAUGGAUUUGUUGAGGAAUGUGCACCUUCAGUUCUUUGUGAACUUUCUUGUGAAUUGGAUGAUAAAUUUAUCCUGUAUCAGGCAUUUCAAGCUUCUCUUUUUUCAGAUUUGGAUACCCAAUUGCCAUAUGAGGCAAAGUGGUGCUUCAAAGAUCUGACCUUCAACAGAGAAUUGAUGGCAGCAGUUCAAGGCCAGGUCACUGAUAAGAAUGGCACUGUGAUCUAUCAUGUGUUGUUGUCUACUUGUGGGGACAAUUCUGUGUGUAUCAACAGCAAAGUGGCUCAAUUAGUGGAUGAGCAAAAGCUUGCAGUAGAGAACCGUCCUGUUCAGCCAAGAGAAGCAAAGGCAGAUGCCGAAGCACCUGUAGUUCAAAUCAAUCCCAAUAUAGCACAGACUGCAGACAGUGGGGCAGCAUGCAAUGCUGCUCAAGAGAUGGACAAUGAACAUGCUGUGUCCGUUUUAGGGACAAUGGCAAAGAUAGUCAGUGAGGACAGUGUUUCUGAUGAGAAUGUCACCUGUAAAGACAAAAUUUCGGUUGAUGCCAAGAUCACUAAUAGCAAAAAGGAAGGCAGGCAAGCACUUCGUCCGGAAGCUGAGGAGUUUGUCCCUCUAUCCCCAGAAAGGGUUAAAGUGUCAGACAAGUUAUCUGCUCAGCCUGCAUCUAAACAAGCCAGAAUCCCAGGUAUACUACACCUUCCUGCGCAAGAUUCAUUUUCCAAAGCGUUGUUUGCGCCUGAGAGUAAGGUCGACAAUGUACCCAGUUCUGACCACCUGCCCAAUGAAAUGCUAGCAUCUGAGCUCCAAGCCAAAGAUGUGCCUGUGUAUGACCAUCAGGAGAAUCAGAUGUUAGAGCUCAAGGAUGUACCUGAAAACGUUGCAGGUUUUGAAAGCCAAAACGUCCUUACUCCUGAACACUCAGUCAAGGAAAUUUCUCCCUCUGAGGGCGCAGCUACAAAGUUACAGACCUUUGAGAAUCAGGUCAGCGAUGUGCCUGCUUCUGUGCUUGUGGUCAAUAAAGCAUCUGUCUCAAGGCAUCUGGAAGAAGGAGGCACUAAAGUGUUUCCAAUCGAGCAUUAUCGCAACACAGUGCCAGAUAACCACUUACCUGUUGGCGGUGUUGAUGUGGCAAUGUACAACUACAUCUUGAACAAAUGCUCUGUGAAUAUGAUUGGCAUGGAGGAACUAACAUAUGCUCGUUUUGUAAUGAUCAAAUCAGACCCCAGGCGAAUCAUCGAAGCCAUGAAGUUUGAUGUUUGGUGUUCGAAUAUGAAAACCAACAGAAGCUUAAAUAUUGCCUUCAACAGUGUGAGAAAUGGAGGCGGCAGGGGUUCAGUGUUCCUCCUGUUUGCGGGACAUAAAUUCGUCAACUUCUGCGGUUUGGCUGAAAUGUUAACGUCUGUUGACCCGACACAGAGCUGUCCUAUGCUUAAUGAGCCAUUUAAAUUUGGUGGAAAGAUGAUUGGGAGAUGCGACAUUAGGUGGAUAUAUGCAAACAACCUUCAAUUUAAGGAUAUAAAGUUUAAACCUGAAAGUCGUUUCUCUGUCAGAUAUCUCAUGGAUGCUGCAGACGGCUUGGAAAUUGCUAAUGAUGUGGGACGGAGCAUUGUGAAGGCUUAUGAAAGUAUCACUUACUUCAACUCUAUUUUGCAACAUGCUAUCAAAACUCACCAGUCAUACUUAGAUGAUCAAAAAGAGAAACAGCCAAGGAGUGAUACUGAGCUGCCUUGGUGGAGAGUUACUAGAGAAGAGUUGAGCGAUGAUUCACCAGCAUCUCAAGAAGACUGGGACCAAGAAAUUGAAGACAGCCUGAAAACUUCUGAAAGGUCAGGUACUGAUAAAGACAAAACAGAUGCAUCUGCUGAGUUUCACAGCGGUGGCUGUGAAAACUUAUCUAUCGAUGCCACACAUAUCAGUGAUGAUGGACUUAGUCAUGCUCUUGACAGUCACCAGGGUGCUGAUCAAAUCGAAAUUGGGAAGGACGCCAUCUCUACUGAUAAGGAACCUGAUGGCAGUAUUAAAAAUAAAGACAUUGCAGUGGCCAAUGAUCUAACCUCUCAGCCCUUGAAAAGUGAAAAGGAAAUUCCCACGGAAAACAGGGACUCGUUAAGUAAAAACAACAUUCGUGCUCACUUUAGAUCCAGUGUCAAGAAUCGUUCCUCUUCCGAGAAAAGUCUUGCUGAGGAAACGGCUGAAGUUCCCGGUGACCCAACUGAUUGGGCAAGUAAAACGCUUUCCAAGGCAAUUCUUGAGGAAGCAGAAACUGUCCCGUCCAAUGAUGGGAGUGACUGGGAGACUAGAACGCCUUCCAAAACAAGUCUUAAAGAAGAGGAAACCAUUCCAUCUAAUGAUGGAAGUGACUGGGAAAUUGGAACGCCUUCCAAAACAAGUCUUAAAGGAGCGGAAACUGUCCCGUCUAGUGAUGGAAGUGACUGGGAGACUAGAACGCCUUCCAAAACAAGUCUUAAAGGAGCGGAAACUGUCCCGUCUAGUGAUGGAAGUGACUGGGAGACUAGAACGCCUUCCAAAACAAGUCUUGAAGAAGUGAAAACUGUCCCGUCGAAUGAUGGAAGUGACUGGGAGACUAGAACGCCUUCCAAAACAAGUCUUAAAGAAGCGGAAACCAUUCCAUCUAAUGAUGGAAGUGACUGGGAGACUAGAACGCCUUCCAAAACAAGUCUUAAAGAAGCGGAAACUGUCCCGUCGAAUGAUGGAAGUGACUGGGAGACUAGAACGCCUUCCAGUACAAGUCUUAAAGGAGCGGAAACUGUCCCAUCUAAUGAUGGAAGUGACUGGGAGACUAGAACGCCUUCCAAAACAAGUCUUAAAGAAGUGAAAACUGUCCCGUCGAAUGAUGGAAGUGACUGGGAGACUAGAACGCCUUCCAAAACAAGUCUUGAAGAAGUGAAAACUGUCCCGUCGAAUGAUGGAAGUGACUGGGAGACUAGAACGCCUUCCAAAACAAGUCUUAUAGAAGGUAAAACUGUUCUUUCCAAUGAUGGGAGUGAUUGGGAGGUUAGAAAACCCUCCGAAACAAGUCUUGAGAGGAGUGUAGGGGGACCAAACAGUACGUCAAGUUCUCUUUCCAAGACUUGCGUUGAAACGGAAACAGCAGUUAAGUCCUCUGCCAUACGUUCUCUGGAAACAUCACCCAUGACAGGUGAAAGAGUUAAUACAUUGGCACCACCAAAUACCACAAGUGACUUGGAAACAGGAAUUCUUGAUAAGACUCUUCCCCAAGAACAAACAGGAGUUGUGCCAUCUAUGUCCAGAACAAGUCUUGACGAAGAAUCAGCAUCUCAGUUCGCAGGUGGGAGUGACUGGGAGACUGGCACUCCUUCUAAAACAAGUCUUGUUGAAGGAACUGCGGUCGGGCCCUCUGGCGGGAGUGACUGGGAAACUGGAACACCCUCCAAAACAAGUCUUGACAUAGACUCAUUAGCCCAGCCGCCGCCCUUUAGCGAAGGCAAUGAAGAGACUCAUUUCAAAAACAGCCUUAAGGACGAAAUGGCAGAGUACCCCGGUGGUUCAAGUGAUCUGGAACCUGGAGGACCCACCAAUUCGAUGCUGAUUCAGACAACCUCUGCGGCUAAUGGUAGGUCAGAUGACGCACCAGGCAUUGCAGGAAUGACUGAUAGCGACUCGUGUCUAGAAGUGGCCUCAGGGUGCUUGUUGUCACCAGAACUACUGUCUCAAGAGAGCUCAGAGGAAUUAGUGAUAUCUGACUACGUACCCCUUGAGAUAGGAAAAGAACAUUCUAUUAUAGUUCAAGAGAACUUGACAGACAGUGGCACUUUUUGGGCUAAAGUUACUCGGGCAAGGAAGGAGGAAGAUGCCUUCGUGGAUGCCAUGGUGCGCAUGGGGACCCACAUAGAAGCCAGAAACAAAACCCUUGACCCAAGUGAGAUAUUUAUAUAUAAGCAGUGUGCCGUGAAGGGCCGAGAUGGAUACUGGUACCGAGCUCUUGUAGAGAAAACUCUGGACAAGGGGAAGAUUUGCGUUCGACUUCUGGACAUUGGUGAUGUGUGGGAAGUGAAUCAAAGAGCACUGAGGGUGCUUGAUGAUAAGUUUUACACGUCUCCUCCUGCACAGGCUUUUGAGUGCUGCAUAGUGUACUCAAAUUCUGCUAACAAGAAGGAAAAGAGUCGAAUCGCCAAACUCGUGAGAAGAAACAAAAAGCUCCAAGUUUUGGUGAAAGGUUACAGUGCGGGUACUGUUGAAGUUCAAAUUCUGUCGUAAACAAGAUGAUUCUUAUUUAUCUGAUUAUUUUAUUGAACUUUGAUGUCCCGAACUGUCGUGGUUCUUUUUGUCUUGGAUAUAUAUCUAAUGUUCAUGCAAAUGUUGAUGAAUACUUUUAUACGCUCUCAGAACUUUCUGUAGAUUUCUUACUUGCGAGAUGACAGAUUUACUAAUAGACAUUCUUUUUGGUACUUAAUAUAUACUGAAUUUUCUUGAGAAAAUUCUUUGAUGUUUUGCCAAGUUAUUUAUUGUAACGAUUGUAAAUAAUAAAGCUGCUUUCGUUUUUUCAGUUUA